AUGAUAGAUGCUAUAGCAUGUAUUGGUUUGGGAUACAAAGGUCCUACUUAUCAUGCUUUGCGAACCAACUUGUUAGAGGAGUCAAAGAAAGAAUUGCAAUUGCUUGUUGACACUUAUCGCAGUAGUUGGGAAGAUUGUGGAUGCACAAUAAUGGCCGAUGGUUGGAAGGAUGUUCGUCAAAGGUCUUUGAUCAACUUUCUUGUGUAUUCUCCAAAAGGAACAUCUUUCAUCAAAUCUGUUGAUGCCUCGGACAUGAUUUCGGAUUCUUCCACCCUUUGUAAUUUAUUUGCAGAGAUUGUGGAGAUUAUUGGGUGGAAAAAUGUGGUUCAUGUUGUGACAGAUAAUGCCGCCAAUUACAAAGCGGCGGGAAGAUUGCUUAAUGAUAAGUAUCCCAGUAUUUUGUGGACACCAUGUGCAGCUCAUUGUUUGAAUUUGAUGCUCAAGGAUAUUGCCAAAAUUCCUCACAUAGAUACUUUGGCGCAUCGUGCCUCUUCAAUUACUGUUUUUGUGUAUAAUCACAAGUGGACUUUGAGUUGGCUAAGAAACAUAAAAGGUUGGACAGAAAUUCUUCGACCUGGUGAUACUCGAUUUGCAACAACUUUCAUUGCUUUGAAGAGUCUUUAUGAUCAUAAAUCUGACUUGCAAGCUAUGGUUAAUUCUAGAGACUUUCUUGGUUGGAAUGGGUCUAAGACAAAAAAAGCAAAAGAUGUUUGCAAUAUUGUCUUGGAUAAUCAAUUUUGGAAUGAUUGCUUGGUAGUAGUCAAAAUAGCCUCUCCACUUGUGAGAUUGUUACGCAUUGUUGAUUCUGAUGAAAGACCUUCUUUGGGUUACAUUUAUGAAGGAAUGAUUAGAGCAAGCAAAGCUAUAAAAGAGACAUUUAAAUAUGUAAGGAGAUUGUACCAACCUUACAUCUCAAUUUUGGAGGAAAGAUGGGAGCACCAAAUGAGUCAAGAUAUUCAUGCGGCCGCAUUUUGGUUAAAUCCAACAUUUCAAUAUGAUAAAGACACUGUUGGGAUUUGCCAAUCGCCGAAUGUUAUGGAUGGGUUUAUAACUAUAAUUAGCAACCCUAAUAUUGCUCCGAACCAUAACAAAAUGACAGUUGAAUCUUCUAUCUUUCGAGAGCGAAUGGGAUAG